AAACCGAAAUUCCAUUGGAGGACCUAAACGAAAACAAUGAGACGUUGCAGUGGAAGCUCUAAAAGCCAAGAGAAGCAGCUGCAGCAUCAUCAGAAGCAUAAGCAUUGCUGCUUAUCACACCUCUUUCUUAAAGCAGCAGCUCAAAACCCCCCAAAAGUCGCUGUCAUACAUGCUGCACCAUCUUCUUCUUCUUCUUCUUCUUCUCCUGCCGCUGCUUCUAGUGGGCCCCAAACUCAAAUAUCUAGGGAAUUGAUCACUUCUACUACUCCUCCAAUUUAUGAAGGCGAUCAAUGUUUCACUUUCGCUGAUGUGUUCGGCUCCGUUGAUUCCCUCUCCUCUCGCCUCCGCUCCAUUCUUGAUGGGGCUGAUGAUCCUCACCUUAUCAAACCCCAAUCCCCUCCAGGUAAAGGCAGCAACAAUCCUAGCAAGAAUCAAGCUGAGACCGCGAGUGCAUAUAACCCAAAAAUAGUGGGAAUAUAUAUGCCACCUUCAGUGGAAUACAUAAUUUCUGUUUUCUCAAUUUUGAGGUGUGGAGAAGCGUUCUUGCCUAUUGAUCCAUCGUGGCCGAGAGAUAGAGUAUUGUCAAUUGUUGCUUCAGCCAAUGCGGCCCUUAUUAUUACUUCUCGCUCGUCGUUUGGUAAAGGCGGUAAUAAGGAUAUUAAUGAAGCAGAUUGGCUUGUGGAUCGUAGUGGUUGUCGUGUCUUGUGUUUUUCGAUGGAAGACAGCGAGUGUAGUGGUGGUCCGUCGGAGUUAGCUUGGCCUUGUGAAAAUGAGAAAGAGAGAUUGUUCUGUUAUUUGAUGUACACUUCUGGAUCGACUGGGAAGCCUAAAGGCGUGUGUGGGACUGAACAAGGCCUCUUAAAUCGCUUUUGGUGGAUGCAAGAAUUGUAUCCCCUACAUGGAGAGGAAGCUCUAUUGUUCAAAACAUCGAUAAGCUUUAUUGACCACCUGCAAGAAUUUCUUAGUGCUAUGCUUACUACAUGUACACUGGUUAUACCUCCUUUCCAUGAGCUGAAAGAGUAUCCAUUUUCUCUUGUCAAUGUUCUACAGGCCUACUCUAUAAAUAGACUUACAGCUGUCCCUUCACUUAUGAGAGCAAUCCUUCCUGUUUUGCAAAGGCAACAUAGCAUGCAGAUUCAGACUUCAUUGAAAUUGCUAGUAUUGAGUGGUGAAGUUUUUUCUCUAUCCUUAUGGGAUGCGCUUUCGACCUUACUACCUAGGACCACAAUUUUGAAUUUAUAUGGGACUACUGAGGUAUCUGGUGACUGUACAUAUUUUGAUUGCAAGAGGUUGCCCGCGAUUUUGGAGACAGAGGCACUAACAAGCAUUCCAAUUGGUUUGCCUAUUUCUAACUGUGAUGUGGCACUAAUUUGUGAAUCCGAUACAUCUAAUAAGGGAGAGAUAUAUGUCGGUGGUCUCUGUGUUUCUAAUGGUUACUAUUCUGAGUCCACUGUUACAUCCUUUAUCUCUGCAAAUCCACACAUGGACAACAUCUGUAAUAGCUCUGUAGAUAACUGGGGAUGCCAAGCUUAUUAUAGAACUGGUGAUUUUGCACAAAGGCUUCAGAAUGGUGACUUGGUAUUCUUAGGAAGAACAGAUCGGAUUGUAAAAAUCAAUGGUCAACGCAUUGUUCUAGAGGAGAUUGAAAAUACACUCAGGGGACAUCCUGAUGUUGCUGAUGCUGCUGUAAUUUCUCGUGAAGGUCCAGGGGAGCUUUUGUUUCUUGAUGCAAUUUUGCUGUUCAAAGAGAGAGAAAAAUCUGAGGAUUUUUUUGUCAGGUCUUCGAUAAGAAAGUGGAUGGUCGACAAAGUUCCAUUAGCAAUGGUUCCUAAUCGCUUUGUAAUCACAGAAUCGUUGCCCAUGUCUUCCACUGGAAAAGUUGAUUAUGCUUUAUUGGCACGUUCAAAGUUUCUCAACUUGCAUGUCCAAGAUGAGAUUGGCAAUGCGACAACUGAUCUCCUGCAAAUUAUCAAAAAGGCAUUUUGUGAUGGUUUGAUGGUUGAAGAAGUUUCUUGUGAUGAUGAUUUCUUUGCAAUGGGUGGUAAUUCCAUUUCUGCAGCACAUGUUUCUUAUAAUCUAGGGAUCAAUAUGAGAUUGCUUUAUAACUUCCCUACUCCCUCUAAGCUUCAUGCUGCUCUUCUAGAGAAAAAGGAAUCUUACCGCAUGGAAGUGAGAGUUGAUGCUAAUUCACAAUUGAAGCCAAAAAAAGAUAGCUUGGUUUCAGAUAUGGCUUAUUCUCCUAAUCCUACAACUCCUAUUGUUCCUGGUCUCAAAUCAAUGAAGCAGCCGUCAAAAAACCCUCAUCAAAAUGAUGAUGAUCAUACUGUUGCAUCUAAACGCUUCAAGGAAGAUUUGGAUAUUAAUAUUUCUUCUGCAUGUGUUAAGCCUAGUGAUGGACAACCAUUGUCUAGUUCAAUAUCAAUGUUAUGUUCAUUCAGCCGGUGCAACACGGUUAUCUAUGAUGAAAAUUGCACGUCACAAAAAUCACAUCAAAUCAAUCGGUUAGCAAAAGUUCCGAGAAAUGGAAAAGGUUCUAGUAUGCAUGAAUUAUGGAAGGUUUAUAUGGAGUCUUGUGUAGAUGCAUCACCACUGGUUGUGGUUAAACAGCAGGAUGUCUAUCUCUUCAUUGGAUCUCAUUCGCACAAAUUUGUUUGUGUUAAUGCCCUAAGUGGUUCUAUCCAGUGGGAAGUCAAGCUAGAGGGACGAAUUGAAAGUUCUGCAGCAAUUGUUGGCGACUUUUCUCAGGUUGUAGUUGGCUGCUACAGUGGGAAAAUAUAUUUUCUUGAUUUUCUUGAUGGCAGCAUUUGCUGGACUUUCCAAACAUGUGGUGAGGUGAAGUGCCAGCCAGUUGUGGACAUACACAGACAAUUAAUCUGGUGUGGCUCUCAUGACCAUAAUUUAUAUGCGCUUGACUACAGAAAUCAUUGCUGUAUUUAUAAGCUCUCAUGUGAUGGGAGUAUAUAUGGGUCUCCUGCAAUUGACGAGGUGCACAACACUCUUUAUGUGGCAUCUACUAGUGGCCAUGUGACAUCUAUAUCAAUAAAGGCUUUGCCAUUCAAUACUUUAUGGGAGCAUGAGCUAAAGGUCCCAGUUUUUGGGUCACUUUCACUUUGUCCUUCAAGUGGAAAUGUUAUUUGUUGUUUAGUGGACGGGAACAUUGUUGUAUUGGAUUUCUGUGGCUCCAUCAUUUGGAGGUGUGGAACUGGUGGUCCUGUUUUUGCUGGAGCCUGUAUAUCUUGCGCGCUUCCUUCUCAGGUUCUGAUAUGCUCUAGAAAUGGACGUGUUUAUUCAUUUGAAAUGGAAACAGGAGAUUUACUUUGGGAGUAUAAUGUUGGAGAUCCAAUUACUGCAUCUGCAUAUGUCGACGAGCACUUGCAGCUGCUAUCUGAUCCCUGCCUUUUGUCAGACAGGUUGGUUUGUGUAUGUACCAGUUCUGGACGCGUACAUCUGCUUCAGAUUAACUUGGAUGAUUCCGGAAAGCAAAAUCAACCUGGUUUAAAUAUAGUUCAGGAAUUUGCAAGGUUGGAGCUCCCUGGAGACAUUUUCUCUUCACCUGUGAUGAUUGGUGGCAGGAUUUUUGUUGGAUGCCGGGAUGAUUAUGUCCACUGCAUUUCUGUUGAAGAUCUAAGUUCGGUGUAUGAAGGUGCUGGUUAUUAAUUAAUCCCUCAAUGCAAAGUGUUUGACCAAUUUCUGUAAUUUCAGAAAGAAGAGCUCCUCACAUCCUGCAAUUGGACCUUGCUGCUGAAUCACUUCCAUUGCUGCCUGGGGAGAUGAGAUAUAGCUUCUCAAGAGACAUCAUAGCACACGAGAAGUUCUAUAGUCGUCUCCCAAGAAUCAUCCAGCAGGACCAUCUUUUAGUUCAAAAUUCUCUGGACAUCAUAGCAGCGAAGCAUCUAGCAGGACAUAAUUGGUAAGUCUUCCAAAAACUUCGGAAGUACUUCCAAUGGAGUAAUGAAUUUCUAUCUCCUGUUUUUUUCUUCUUUUUUUUUCCCCUUUCUUGUAGGUGUAAAUAGAAAAAUGAACUACUCAAUUCAAUUGAAGCACAUUCAGGGAAUUUUUUUCCCUACACGGAAAAUUUGUAUGUGAUUAAUAAGGCCUUUACAGAGGAGCUACGAGAUUUUGUUAAUUAAUAUAAACAUUAACAUUAUUAGCAUUAGCAAA